AUGGCGAGUAAUUCUAGUGAAACGCAGAAAGAUGUGAAGUUUGAGGAUAUCGCGCAGGGGAAGAUUCAGUCCCCGGCAGCAUAUGACUUCCGGAGCGAUACUGUGACCACUCCGACCCCAUCUAUGCUUCAGUCAAUCCUCAACAUAUCUGUCCACGGUGACGAUGUCUUCUCCGAAGAUACUACAACAAAUAAUUUAGAAUCCUUCAUUAUGUCAUUGACUGGGAAACCAGCUGCCUGCUUCGUCAUGUCGGGCACGAUGGGCAACCAAGUUUCCAUCAGAUCUCACUUAACCCAACCGCCUCAUUCGAUCGUUAUGGACUCUAGAUGCCAUAUUUUUAACUACGAGGCUGGCGGUGCAGCUAUUUUAUCACAAGCGCAAAUGAUCCCUGUGAAACCAGCUAAUGGGGAGCAUUUAACGCUUGAAGAGGUUCAAGAUAAUGUUAUUGAUAGUGAUGAUAUACACUAUGCACCCACAAGACUCAUUUGCCUAGAGAACACGAUUAAUGGGAUUAUCAUGCCAUUGGAAGAGAUAAAAAAGAUCUCUGCCUUUGCAAAGGAGAAAGGGAUUAAAUUGCAUCUUGAUGGUGCAAGACUUUGGAAUGUCGUCGCAGCUGGUGGAGGAGAUCUCAAAGAGAUAAUCAGUUACUUUGACUCUGUGAGCCUCUGUUUCUCGAAGGGACUCGGGGCGCCAAUGGGAAGUAUUGUCAUUGGAGAGAAAGAUUUUAUUGGAAGAGUGAGGCAUUUCAGGAAGAUGGUGGGUGGCGCGACUCGACAGAUCGGAAUCGCCACGGCUCCAGCGAGAACAGCAGUAGAGGAGGUGUUCCUUGGAGGGAGGCUGACAAGAACCCACGAGCUGGCAAAGAGACUAGAAAGUUCGUGGGCAAAGUUGGGCGGGAAGUUAAAGUUCCCCUGUCACACGAAUAUGGUUUGGCUAGAUCCUGCAUCUGCCGGUGUUGAUGAAAGUGAUAUUCCUACCGAAGCAAAAAAGGCUGGAUUAAAAUGGGACUAUGAGAGAAUUGUAGUUCAUCACCAAAUAUGCGAUGAUGCUAUCGAGAAGUUGGAGGGCGUUUUAGAGAAGCUGGUUGAAAAUGGGAAGGCGAGGGGCGGGGCGCAGUCGCCAGAAAUGCCCAGGAUGGCUCGGUACUCAAGAAGAGUAGAUCAAGACCUUGCUUGA